AUGCAGCGGUACGGGUGCCAAGACUUCCUCGAGGAGAUUGCUCAUCUCCAGAAGCUGGCCGAGAUGCUGCCAGACUCACCAGUCACCGAGAGCAUGGCCAACACCUUCAUGGCUAAGAUCCAGGGAUUCCAGUCCUGGUCCUCGGAGAGCAUCUGCCAAAUGCUUGCCAAGGCCGGCGAAGCUUCCAAACUGCCAGAGGCCAUGAAAGCAAAGAUUCUGGACACCAUCCAGAAUUUGUCCAUGAACACCGGCUCCCAGCUCAAGUUGGUGAACACUGGCCAGUCCGUCCAGCGGCUGUGUCCAUACUUGACCAGGCCAGACUGGGUCGCUUUGUCCACCCUCACGAGCCAAACGGACCAGCUGGAGCUCUUAGCCAAAAGACUCCGAGCCAUGGGACUGCAUUCUUUAAAAGAAUGCACCAAGGGCCAAGCGGUCGCCAUUGUCUUGAUGGUGCAAGCUUCGCAAGGCAAGCCAAGCCUUUCGGCAGCUGCCAUCAACUCGGCAGUCCAGGACUUCGGAAUCAUCUUCCAGUCCCUGCCAAGCAGCAAUUGCCCCGGCGCCAGCAGAUAUCCAGACCAUCCAUCAGAGAUGGGCCAGCUUUGGCUCUCCAAGGCCUAUGGUCCAGGCGACCAGCCAGAUCUGCAGGACCCAUGCCUGGCUCCAUUUUUGAAGAAAGCCCCUUGGUUGCAUAACUUGGAUCUGUUCCGUGUUGCAUUUGUUUCUUGCAUGCAUGUAGACAUUUCUACGUCUUCGUCCCCGAGGUGCCUCUUCGAAGCACCCAUGCUUCAUUGGCCGGCGGCACCAGGUGCAGGUCCAAGCGGCCUCCAGCGACACCUCAGGGCUCCACCUUACUUCGACCAGGAGCUGGAAAUGCUGAAGCUGCGGCAUGGCAUCCAAGCCCAAGCAGCCACACAAGGCACAGCCACUCUGCAGGGAAGCCAAGGGCCCAUGUGCACCGCCGCAGCAACAGCAGUGUUGCCUUGGCUGUCGCCGCGAAGCAUGGUCCAGUCCCACAGCCAGAGUGCUGCCAGCACAACUGCCCCUGGCCAGGUCUUUGGCCAGAGCACAGCAUCUGCCGCUGCUUUGCCACUUCCUCCGGCAAGCCCGCCUCCUGAAGCCACGACCAGAGUCGAAGCAGCUCCCACGGAGACGACUGCCAAGGAAGACAGUGACGCCAAGACAUUGCAGGAGUACGAGCAGGAGCAGUUCCAGAAGCUGCUGGAUGCCAAGGCCGACAAGAAGAAGAAGGCCAAGGAGGACGGCCAGGCCGACCAGAAGCCCAAGAAACAGCAUAUGAAGCGGCCAGCAGCAGCCAUGUCUACCCGACAAAGCUCGGCGAACCAGGGCACCACCUGCAACGGCCAUGAGGCUGGCAAAGGUGCCACCGCCGCCAAAGGCGGCAGCACAAAGAUCCUCUACGGAUGUAUCCGCUGUCGUGGUAAUGUUAAGGGAUGCUCCAGUUGUUGGGACCCAAACUUUCGGGGCACCCGUCUCCACGGCCGCCAAGCUUGGAGGGAGUACAUCGAGGCCCACAAAGCCAACAAGGCCAUGAAGAAGGCUCCCAAGAAGUAG